ACAAAUAUGGCAGCCCCCUGUGUGUGAGGAUUGACAAUUUAAUGACGCAGAAUAAACAAAAAUGAAACUCCUUCGUACAGCUUUGACAAGAGUGAGAACAGCCUACAGCUGCAGUACAAAGUCCAUAUUGAAGCAGAGCCAUAGAAAAUUGUUCAUCUGGUCAUGUGGGGCUGUGUCAGUUGGAGUUGCUGGAGUGUCAAUCAUAUGUUACCAUAGCAACAGCAAUACAGUACUUGCAAACAGUGGAAGGAAACUUGAUUUAUCAAAAUGGAUGGCUGAACCAAUUACAGACAAGACACUUCUAGAAGAGAGGAGUUCAGAAAUGAAAUAUAAAAUGGAAGCCAUGGUGAUGAGAAUUCAGUCAGAAGUUUGCAGAAAACUGGAAGAGAUUGAUGGCAACCAGAAAUUUUUUGUUGACAGAUGGACAAGAGCAGAGGGAGGGGGUGGAAUCACUUGUGUUAUGAAGGAUGGCCUCGUUUUUGAGAAGGCAGGAGUCAACAUCUCUGUGGUGCAUGGAAACCUACCCCCUCCAGCCGUCGCUCAAAUGAAAGCCAGAGGCAGAGCUUUAGAGGGCAAGACAUUACCCUUCUUUGCCACCGGAGUCAGCUGUGUCAUACACCCUAGAAAUCCCUAUGUGCCUGCGAUCCACUUUAAUUAUCGGUACUUUGAGGUGGUGGAUGAGAAAGGAAAAGUCCACUGGUGGUUUGGGGGAGGAACAGAUCUAACACCAAAUUAUCUCUUUGAAAAGGAUGCUGUACAUUUUCAUAAAACACUAAAAGACGCUUGUGACAAACACAAUAAAACAUUUUAUCCUAAGUUUAAGAAGUGGUGUGAUGAAUAUUUCUAUCUUCCUCAUAGAGGUGAAACGCGAGGAAUAGGGGGAAUUUUCUUUGAUGAUUUAGACAAUGAACCUCAAAGUGAUAUGUAUGAAUUUGUACAGACGUGUGCUGAUGCCGUUUUACCAUCAUACAUUCCUAUUGUAGAAAAACACAAAAAUGAUGGCUACUCUCAUCGAGAAAGAAGAUGGCAGCUUUUAAGGAGAGGUCGAUAUGUUGAAUUUAACCUGAUCUAUGACAGAGGGACAAAGUUUGGUCUGCAGACUCCAGGGGCUAGAUAUGAGAGUAUUCUAAUGUCCCUACCCAACACAGCAAACUGGGAAUAUAGACAUGAACCCGCUCCUAAUUCCACUGAGGAGAAGAUGAUCAAAGUACUAAAACAGCCCAGAGACUGGGUGUGAUACAUAAACAUCUAGUUUGAAAAGCCAAAUAUUUCUGUCUUGGUGCUAAUAGAUACAAUAUAUAGAUUCAUGAAUUAAUGAUAAAUGUCAAUGUGGUAUAUUGAUCAAUUCUAAUUUCAUUUUUUAUCUAUUUUUCACAAUUUUUUAAAAUGGGCAUAUUGUGUGACCAGUUGUCAUUUUAACCUGCUUGUAUGAUCCUUUCAAAAUCCCUUUUUUAAGUUAAAACAUUUUACACUUUUCUAUGGGUCUAUGUUUAAAACACUUAGCAGUACAAAUACAAAAGCCCGCCUUUUGAUGGAUGCUCUCCUGGCAUAUAUAAGCCUGUUAAUAGUAAAAAUUUGUUGUUUUUUUUAGUUGGUAGCUCAUACUUUACCAGAGGUUCUUGGUCUCUCAACAGAUUUCUUAUUAUUGACAUUACACAUGAGUGCUUUACUGAAAGAUUACUAAAAUAUUACAUGUCAGUGUAUACCAGCACUAUACCCAUCGUAACAUUUAACCUGAAGGUUCAUAUUCAAUUUCUAACUUUUUAAGGUUUAUGAAAAUAGCAACGUGAUUUUUCAUUUACUAAAAUGCUUUUGUUACCAAAAUGCUCAUCAUAUAAAUGUAUAUCUUUUUAUCUGAGUCUUAAAAUAUCCUUUAAUGGGAAACAAACUGGCCCUACAAGACUUUUUUUUCCAGCAUAUGAUGCAUCACUAUCAUGACUGACCAUAAUAA